AUGGAGUGGCAUGUCUGUAAGCGGAGUCGUCUUGAAACCUUUCGCCGCAUUUUUCACGCAGAAGAGCUUAAAGUACAUCAGACUGAAGAAUCGGAAUCUGACCAGCGUUUGUGGUCCCAUCUGGAUUGUGAAGAGGAGACAUGGAUAACGCAAGAAGUUGAAGAAGAAUACGAGGACGUCGAAGAGCAUGCAGAGGAAAUAGAAGAUGAAGAAAACAAUGCCGUUGUGUGCGAAAUAGGUGAAGCAAGCGAGUUACCCAUGCAUAAAGAUAAGAGCGCAGAGCAAAGGCGGGUAGGUGGAAUUGGAAUUAAGUCACUUCGUCACAAAGACAGUUGGCUGGACCAGGUGCUUCUGCUGACAGACGGCCCUCUCGGCUUGCGACUGGUGUUGCAUGCCGAACUCAAUGCCCUUGGGCUUAGCAACACUCCAAUUACUCAGUUCUACUUCCGCUAUGCCGACGUCCGUAAACACUUUCAAUUGACAUAUAAGACCGCGAGGAGGCCAGAAAGUCUGUAUGAAAUGCUCAUGGGUGAGUGA